CACCACAUCGUUCAAUUUGGUGUCGAAAUAUGCUUGACAUGCAUACAACGAUAAGUUUGAUGGUCUUUAGGGGCCCGAAAAGCUACUCAAAUCCUGUCACUCUGAUCCAAAAUUGCAGCCUGCAGUAGCAAAUGCGUCUUCUCAAUGUUGAUACAUUCACGUUCACCGAGUUCUUCGGGAUCAAACCGCCAAGUUACGCAAUUGCAUCGCACCGAUGGCUUGCGGGUACGGAGGCUAUGUGGGAGGAUAUCCAUCGAAGGAAAAAAACAAGUCAAGUAGGAUAUCUUAAGGUGGUAGGUUUUGUGGACUACGUCAAAAAACAGCUGCCACUUGUCAAGUGGUUAUGGAUCGAUACGUGCUGUAUCAAGCAGCAGAGCGAUCGGGAGCUUUCAGAGGCAAUCAAUUCCAUGUUUCGAUGGUAUCGCGAGGCGGAAGUAUGCCUCGCUUAUCUUGAGGACGUCCCAACUUCAAUUGAUAUCACUGCCUUCGAGCAUAGCGUAUGGUUUCGGCGAGGAUGGACAUUACAAGAGCUACUUGCGCCGAGCGUGGUAAUUUUCUUGUCCAAAAAUUGGCAAGUAGUCGGACACAAGGGACAUGCCGGCCAAGGCCGUAGUGGUAUAACAAUGGAUACAGGCCCCUCGCUGAUGUAUCGCAUAAGUGGUAUCACAGGCAUUGCGGAGGCGGUCCUGCAAGAUUACGACAACGCUCGAGACCUAAACACGAAAGACAAAUUGAAGUGGAUGCAAAGCAGAAACACAACGCGUGAAGAGGAUCUCUCGUACUGCCUCCUCGGUAUCUUGGACGUCAGUAUGAAUAUACGGUACGGAGAUGGCGAUGAAAAGACUCGAAAACGACUUAUGGAGAAGGUUUCGAGUCGAGAGGCCUUGAUCCAAAACGAAUCCCACGAUGACUACCGCAUAGAGUUUAAUCUUGCAGAGAUCCCGACCACUGAUCAUUUCGUAAAGCGCGAAGCGGAUAUGCAGCAUCUGACAGCUUUCUUCGCAUCUGAGGCUCGCAACGAGAGACAACAAGUCUUUGUGGUGUUUGGAAUGGGAGGCACAGGCAAGACACAACUAUGUGCCGAGUUCGCAAGAACGAAUAAACUGCGGUUUGGUGCCAUAUUCUGGUUUGACGGAUCCUCAAAAGAUGCACUUGAGCGAUCGAUGGCGCAAUCGGCUUUGCGACUACCCAAGCAUAACGAUCCACUCUCGGUCCACAGGGCAGACACACAGAUAGAUGACUCGCAGUUACGUAGCAACCUCUUGCGAUGGCUGGCACAACGCGCUAACACUGGAUGGUUGAUCGUCAUCGACAACGUUGACCGCGAAUGGCAGCAGAAUGCUAAAGAUCCACAAGCUUAUAACUACCGCGAUUACCUUCCUCAUGCAGACCAUGGAAGUGUGCUAAUAACGACGCGGUUGUCUUCACUUCAGCGGCCGCAAGCAAGCCUCAAUCUAGAAAGUGUCGACCGAAAAUUGGCGAAAGAAAUGCUCGAGAUCCGUGCUGGCGGCCUAGUGGAAGGCAUUGAUGUACUGCUUGAUAUGCUUGGCGGAUUACCCCUUGCAUUGGUUCAGGCCGGCGCUUACCUUCGAGAGACGGGGACGACUGUCGCUGAUUAUAUGGAAUAUUACAAGAACACCUGGGAGGAUCUGAUGCAAAGCCAAAGUCGAUCCCUGCUACAAGAGAACGGCGGAGAGAGCGUUCUUACUAUAUGGAAAAUGUCAUACGAGCAGAUUAAGAGCACAGAUAUGCUUGCUGCGAAGUUGCUUGAUUUAUGGGCGUUCUUGCAUCGUGACGACGUCUGGCCAGAACUCGUGCUUACAAGUCAAGCCAACAGUGAGCUACUAGGUCUCGUCGAAAGCUCAUCCUUCAUCCGGGCGACCAAGCUGUCACUCACGAAUUCCAUCGGGACUCUUGCGAGGUUUUCUAUGAUCAAUAGAGGGACAUCAAGCAGAUCACAUUCCAUCCAUCCGGUAGUACACACUUGGUGUCUGCAUAACCUUACGACCCCCGUGGCACGGAAUGAAAUGCUCGCUAUUGCAGUCAGCUUGGUUGCUCAGAUGAUCCAAGUCUUGCCGGAAGACGUGACUCGACACACUAAGUUGCGACUCGCCGCUCAUGCGAAAACGGUUGGGUCUAGAAUGGAGUCGCUCACCGUCAGUACCGAGCUCGCAGAUGAUUGUGACCAGAUAGCGACAUUUCUUGCGGGCUGGGAGAAGUCCGAUGAAGUUGAGACCUUGUACCGUCAAGCUCUACUAGGUAAGGAAAGACAUCUGGGACCCGAUCACUUGUCAACACUGCAAACGGUCAACAAGCUUGGCAAUUUGUACGCCGGUCAGGGAAAGACAGGCUCUGCAGAGGAGAUGUAUCAAAGAGCAUUGCAGGGCAAGGAGAAUACGUUAGGACCAGAACAUACCCAGACGCUUGCUACGGUUAACAACCUCGGACUCCUAUAUGCGGAUCAAGGCAAGAUGGCAGCGGCGGAGGACAUGUACAAGCGUGCCCUGCAAGGAUAUGAAAAUGCAUUUGGACCGGAUCAUACUUCGACGCUCGUGAUGGUGAACAACCUCGGUAUCCUCUAUCGGAACACAGCGAAGACCGCGGAGGCAGAAGAGAUGUAUCAGCGGGCCCUCCGAGGCAAAGAAAAGGCAUGCGGGCCAGAACACACGUCAACUCUCUACACCGUCAUCAACCUUGGCAACCUCUACGCUGAUCUGGGCAAGACGGCAGCGGCGGAGGAGAUGUACCAACGUGCUCUCAAGGGGUAUGAGAAAGUCUGGGGCCCGGAGCAUACAUCGACGCUCGACACAUUGGACAACCUCGGCGAUCUAUACAGGAAGCAGGGCAGGCAGACGGCCGCGGAGGAGAUGUAUCAGCGAGCCCUGGCGGGAUAUGAGAGCAUGUCACGGACGCCCAAAGUAGAGGCGCGCGUCACUCAGAUAAGAGCAUCACUCUCAUCCGUGCGGGUCGACGUGACCGCCUCGGUUUCGGAGCCUGCACGUGAGACCAGGCCGCAAUCGACCUCUGCUUCUACCCAGAAUACUACAUCGGACCCUCAUUUGGAGCCGACGCCUUCGAUCCCUCGCAAAGGGCUACGCCAGGCGGUGCUCGCGCUGCGGAACCGGUCAUGGUCGCUAUCAUCUACUCGGUGAACGACUUCGCGAAAGGACCGGGCAACUCGAAAGACUUUGUGCUCAAAUUGGCUGCAACCGAGAACCAUGAUGGCCAUCGGCUCGAUAGAGUUUGGGUUGCCAUUCGAUUGGUAUCAUAUUAUGCUAUACAUUAUCACAGGCCCAUAGCUGGAAGAGCCGCACCAGGGAAACCUCUUGCGCCCGCCUCGGCUGCUUGCCACUGUGUCGGCUGUACAACUUUGAUGCUCACUGUCCCUCGCCUGCUGUCCGCGCCUUCAAGGACAUCGUGCGCACAGGCGGACGAUCAGACAACGCGAGC